GAUCAGAGGUAACAUCCAUCAGAUACCUCUUGUAUCAAUCUUGUCCUUAGCUUUUCAGAAUUUGCGUUAUGUCACAAUUAUGUUACUCAUCCGUGGCGUGACAGUCUAUACCAAAACCUCUUUAAAUACUUGCUCAAAUCUCCAGCAUUUCACACCAUUUCCACCUUGAACUUCUUCAGCUAAUCUCUGGUUUUUGAAGUUAAUCAUGGUUACAGCCAAAGCUGAUGAAGAGAAAGCAACAAACUUCAAAGUGUUGCAAGAAUCUCCACCAUCUUCAUCGUAUUUUCGAUACAAUUCUCCUUUAGUUCAAGUUGGCCUAAUUGGUUUAGUCUGCUUCUGUUGUCCUGGAAUGUUCAAUGCACUCUCAGGAAUGGGAGGGGGUGGCCAGGUGAAUCACAAAGCGGCUAACAAUGCCAAUACUGCCCUCUACACUACCUUUGCAGUUUUCGGGGUUUUGGGAGGGGGAAUCUACAAUAUCUUGGGGCCUAAACUGACCCUUUUCGCGGGUUGUUCAACUUACAUUCUUUAUGCAGGUUCUUUUCUGUAUUAUAACCAUCAGAAGCAUCAGGCUUUCGCGAUUGUGGCUGGAGCGCUGCUUGGUAUUGGAGCUGGACUGCUCUGGGCUGGCCAGGGAGCUAUGAUGACUUCUUAUCCGACUCCAGGUCGAAAAGGGAGUUACAUUGCUAUGUUCUGGAGUAUAUUCAACAUGGGUGGUGUCAUAGGGGGGUUGAUACCGUUUAUCAUGAAUUACAAUAGAAUUGAAGCCAGCUCGGUUAAUGAUGGAACUUACAUUGGUUUCAUGGUUUUCAUGACUAUUGGAACAAUUCUGACACUGUCAAUUUUGCACCCGAGUAAAGUUAUUCGAGAAGAUGGGACUAGAUGUACUGAGAUGAAGUACUCGAGUGUGAGGGUUGAGUCUGUUGCGAUUAUGAAGUUGUUUUUGGAUUGGAGGUUGCUGUUGUUGGUGCCAGCAGCUUGGGCUAGUAACUUCUUUUAUAGUUACCAGUUUAAUAACGUGAAUGGGGUUUUGUUCAAUUUGAGGACUCGAGGUUUGAACAACGUGUUUUAUUGGGGAGCUCAGAUGAUUGGAUCUAUUGGCAUCGGCUAUGUCAUGGACUUUAGUUUCAAGAGCAGGAGGACAAGAGGUUUGGUUGGUGUUGCAAUUGUUGGAGUUCUUGGGACUGCGAUUUGGGGGGGAGGGCUUGCCAAUCAGGUUGGAUAUAAGCGCAAUGAAAAACUCGUGUUACUUGACUUCAAGGACUCUGGUUCUGAUUUUGCAGGGCCAUUUGUGUUGUAUUUUAGCUACGGCUUGCUUGAUGCUAUGUUCCAGAGCAUGGUUUAUUGGGUUAUUGGGGCUUUGGCUAAUGAUGCCGCUGUCCUUAGCAGGUACAAUGGCUUCUACAAGGGCGUACAGAGUGCAGGGGCAGCAGUGGCUUGGCAAAUCGAUGUGCACAAUGUGUCCUACGUGUCUGAACUGGCCGUGAAUUGGGCACUAUGCACAAUUAGUUACCCAUUGUUGGUUGUUCUGAUAAUCCUGGCCGUAAAAGACGAGAGUGUGGAAGACCUGGAAGGAACAUCCAAGGAGGUUGCACUUCCAGCAGCUGUCCCAGAGUCCAUGGAGGAUAGUAAUGUUGCUGUUAGCAAGUCAUCCUAAAAUUAUCAUUUUUUAUGUGUUGAUUAAUUCUUGUUAGAGUGGUAAUCUACUCUGAUACUUCUUCACUUAUAUGCAAACUUGUAAUUCAAUUCAGCAAUAACUCUAGUGAUUCAUGAGCAGAAUAAGCAUCAAAAAAUGAUUCAUGAUUCGGUUCAUGUUUGUACGAAUUUUAAGACCAGAUGUCUGGCGACUUGGUCGCUACAAAAUAAAGUUUUGCUCGUGUUCC